UUAUUAAGUGAUUUCUGGUGAUAAUGUAGAGAUUAUUAGAGCUGUUUAUGUGGUAAAUCGUUGGCUGGUGGUGUUUUAAUCGAUAAUAUUAGGAUCUGAGAGCAGUGUAUCCAGGCACUGUACUGAUCAGGGAUGAGCUCGACGGAGAAGGAGAGAGUGGUGCUCCUGGAGGAGGAGAUCAGGAGUCUGUCUCAGGAGCUGCUGCAGUGUCAGGCCGAUAAGGAGUUCGUGUGGUCGCUGUGGAAGCGCCUUCAGGUGGCCAAUCCGGAUUUAACCCAGGCCGUGAGUCUGGUGGUGGAGCGUGAGAAGCAGAAAGCCGAGGCCAAAGAUCGGAAGGUUCUGGAGAUCCUUCAAGCCAAAGACUUCAAGAUCCAGGAGCUGGAGAAGGAAGUGACGCUGAAGCGACAGGAAGUGAGCACCCUGAUCCGGCAGCAGCGUGUGGGCGAGGAGGAGCGUGGAGCGAUGAAGAUCGAGCUGGCUGAGCUUCAGCAGACACUCGGAGGGACCGGCGAGCAGCUCCAGGAGUGUGAGGCUGAGUGGAGGAGCAGGAUGGAGGAACUUCAGGAGAAGAGCAAGAAGCAGGAGGAGAUACACACCACCAGAGUUCAAGAGAGUGAGGCUGAGUGGAGGAGCAGGAUGGAGGGACUUCAGGAGAAGAGCAAGAAGCAGGAGGAGAUACACACCACCAGAGUUCAAGAGCUUCAUGAGGAUCUGAUGAAGGUUCAGGGCGUCGCUUCUUCUCUCUCUGCUCAGCUCGGUUCAGUUCAGCAGCAGCUCACAGAUCGAGAGGAUCAGCUCCAGCAGCUCAGGAAGGAGCUGCAGGAUCUCCAGGCUCUGUACGUGCAGAGUGUGGAACACGCAGGAGAACAGGCUGAACUCAUCCAGCAGCUGGAGGGUCUGAACCUGGACACCCAGCAGGUCCUGCAGAGCCAGGAACGAGCCCACAGCACGCACUCGGCCUCCUACCAGAAGCUCUACACCGACCUGAGCGCCUCGUACCACGCCCUGCAGAUCAGCCAGGAACAGCUCCGGCGCAGAGAAGCUUCUCUCAACGAUCAGCUGCAGCAGAAGGAUCAGCAGCUUACGGAACAACAGGACCAGGUCCAGCAGCUCCAGCAACUCCAGCAGCUCCAACCUCCUCACCCACACCCCCCCGAGCGCUCCAGAGCUUCGUCUCCCAGCGUCAGCAGAGCGGCUGAGCAGAAGAUCCAGCAGCUGGAGGAGCUUCUCACCCUGAAGACGCUGGAGGUAGAGGAGUUGAGGCGAGCGCAUGCCGAGCGCCGUGAUCGUCUGCGUCUGAUUCAGACCAAUUACCGAGCGGUGAGGGAGCAGCUGAGGGAGGUGGAGGACGCCAACGACCUGCCUGCAGGUAGGAGGAAGCGAGCUGAGCCGUGGCAGCUUCGACAGGAGAACAGUGAUGCAGUUUGGAAUGAGUUAGCCUUCUACAAGAGGGAGAACAAAAAGCUCCUCACCGAAAAGAUCCAUCUGGAGGAGGAGCUGGACCUCGCCCGAGUUCAGGCGGCGACGGACCGAGUCACAGCUCAGGAACUACGAGUACGUCUACAGGAGGAACGUCAAGAUCGGCGGCUCGACGAGGGCGAUGAGGAGGAUGAUGAUGAGGAGGAGGAUGAAGACGAGGCCCGGGCGAUCAGGCUGGAGCAGACGGUUAAAAAGAUUGAAUCACUGGAGGUGAGGACGGUGAGUUUGGAGAGGGAGAUCUCAGACCUGAGGGAGGAGAACCGCUCUCUGCAGGAGGUCGGGCGUGUCCUCUGUAGCGAGCGUGAUGAGCUCCGCCUCGCCCUGCAGCAGGCCCGCCUCCACCACGACUCCGCCCGGGCUCGGGUCGGCGCCGAGCACCAGAGGGCGCUGGGGGAGACGCGGGCUCUGCGGUCCCGGCUGGAGAAGAGCGGGAGGGCCGAGCUGGGGGCCCGGCGGGCGGCGCUGAGGCUCCGGCAGGAGGUCGGGGUCCUGAGGGCCGAGAGGGACUUCCACAGGAACCGGACCAGGAGGGGGCGGGCGCACGGGCCACGCCCGCGAAUCCACGCGGUCUCCAUGAGGCGCAGGGCGCAGAGCAGCCCGGUCAGGGACGAGUGGGAGGACGUGGGUCAGGACAGUGAAAACGAGGAUUUCUCGGACAGUCUGGAGAGCCGACGCCCCGCUCAGCCUCGCCCCUCUACCAACAAAUCUCAGGGCUCCAGGUUCGGAGCGAUCCCUCAGAGAGGCGCCGUCACAGAUAAUCCACCUGCUGCAGGACCUCGGAGCGGAGCGCCCGCCGGUACAGGGAGCUGUGAGGAAGCGGCGAUGAGGAAGAUGAGGAGGAUGAAGAGGCGGCGGGUGAGCGCGGCGCUGAACCAGAGGCUGGCGUGCUUACAGCGGCAGCUCGCAGUACUGCAGUCAGCCAGCAGGGCGGCGCAGGAGGAGCAGGACAAACGGCAGAGUGAGGUGGAGACCCUGAAACACUCGCUGCAGGCCAGCAGACAGCUCGCACAGAAGCAGGCGUGUGAUUUGGCGGUCCUGCAGCAGCAGAAGGCGGUGAUGGAGGCGGAGUUAGAGCAGUGGAGGAAGCCCCGCCCCCCUCCAGAGCAUCCUCAGCCUCUUAUUACCCCACCUGUACCAGACCACGCCCUCUCGACUAUCAGCACCCUGGAGACUGAGAUCAAACAGCUAAACAGCAAACUGAAGAGCUCCAGUGCGGAGGUGACCCGUCAGAACUCGGUGAUUAAGGGCCUCAAGACGGAGCUGCACGACAGGGACCAGCGCCUCAAAGAGCUGCAGGAGAAGGUGAGCCACUGUGAGCGAGAUGUGACGAUGAAGAGACAGUUGGUGGAGGAUCUGCGCAGUAGGAUGAAGAUCCUGCAGGAUUCAGACCGGAAUAAUCGCUCACUCAUCGACGACCUGGAGAAGAAGGCGAGGACCCUGAGCGAGGAGGCGUCCGGCAGGAGGGCGUGCGUGGAGUCUCUGAGGAGGAGGCUGGGCGUGGUCACUCAGGAGAAACAGCGCUGCGAGUCCGCCAGCGACACACUCAGAGAGGACCUGCGGAAAAAGGAGCAGAAACUUGCAGCGCUGCAUGCACGUCUGACCGAGUGUGAGAGAUCAAAGGUGGAGCUGGAGCAGGCGGCGACCGAGCAGAUGCAGAUGUUGACCAAUCAGAGCACAGAGUCACUGCAGAUGCUGCAGAGCAAACUCACACUGGCACAGCGGCAACACACACACCUGCGCUCAUUCACACAGGCUCUGGUCGUACAUGUGGAUCGAGAUGUUCGGCGGACCAGAGCUGAGAUGAGGAGAAGAAGGAGAGAGAGGAGGAAGAAGGAGGAGGAAUCGGUACGAGGAGGAGUGUCCAAAAGCUCCAUGGUCAGAGCUCAGUCCAUCGCUGCGUCCAUCCUUAAUGUGAGCGAGAACGACCUGGCCAGCAUCCUCAACACAGACGAGGAGGAAGACUCUGGUGAUGAAGCUGAUGAAGGUUGGGUGGACCACGUGCAGCAGAUCCUACAGCAGCAGGUUGUCAGUGCAGACGUCCUGCUGGAGGUCGUGUUGAAGAAGAUGAAGGAGAACCGAGUUCUAAUGGAGGAACUGAAUAAAAACCACUGAAUACCAAACUGAACCUCCUCACUCUGCUUCCAUACACUACAGGGCCAAAAGUAUAUGGACACCUGACCAUGAGCUUGUCACACAUCCAGUUUUAAAACCACAGCGAUUAUUGCAUCUUUAACAGUCUCCACUGUGACGGCGACUGAACACCAAAUCAUCACUGUGCUCAGUGGAACAGUAAUGACAGAACAGAAAUGAUUGAUCUUAUACACCUGUUAGCAGUGGGUGUGGCUUCAACACCUGAAUGUAAUCAUUAGAAGGGGUGUUCACAUACUUUUGCCCCACACACACACUUAUUUAAAGCUCUUUUACACUGUACAAGACUUUCAAAAGUGUAAAAGCGGCUCCCUCAGGUUUCUAAAUGUGUUUAAUAAUUAAAUUUUAAUUAAAGUUUGUUUUUUAUGUCUGUAAGAA